UGUUUACUUUCUUUAUCAAUCAGGUGACCUCCCUGAAUAGAUCAGGAAUACACAGUUUUUUUGUUUUUGUUUUCCGACAGGUACAAUGAACUUUUAACAUUUAUAAAAAAAGAAAAAGGAUGACAGGUACGAAAGGAAGAAAGGCAGGCAAGGACUUUUAAACAAAGUAAUGGAUGCAAAAAGAAGGGAGGUGGAAAGGAAUGAAGAGGAAUAACUAGGUCAGAGGUGGAAAGGAAGGAUAUAAAAUGAAAGCGGAAAGGAAGCCAAGAAGGUGGAAAAAGGGAGUUGGUUGGUACCUCGGUCUGAGGUGGAAGUAUGCGAAAUAAAAAGCACGUCUCCAAUUAAAGAAGAAAGAUAGAAAGCAAAGUAGGGCGCAAAGAAGGGAAGGAGGGGAAAAGCAGGUAGGGCACAAGGAAAGAAACGAGAAAAGAACAUUUAGGCAGUAAAAGGAAGGAUAGACACGUAAAUGAAAAACAGGAAGAGGAAGAAAAAAGGCCUGACUGAGGUGAAAGACAGAAAUGAAGGAUGCACGGAUGAAAAAAUUGCUGCGACAGAAGAAGGUAGAUCUCAUCAACCAUGGCAGGUGGAAUCACAGACACAGGGGAGCCCUACUCUGCCUUUGUGGGUCUGGUGUACAUGUUCAACCUGAUUGUGGGAACAGGAGCGCUCACCAUGCCCAGAGCCUUUGCCACGGCCGGCUGGGUGCUAAGUUUGGCGCUUAUUUCCUUCCUGGCGUUCAUGAGUUACAUGACCACCACCUUCGUGAUCGAGGCCAUGGCGGCGGCCAACGCGCAGCUGCGAUGGAAGAGAAGAGAGCAGGAUGAGCAGAUCCGUGACAACGACUGCACCUCGGACUACUCGGACGAUGACAACGUGGCAAGGGGACAGGGUGAACCAGAGACAAAGCCCAUCUUGUCAGUUCAACGUUCCGGCGGUCCCGUGGACUAUUUUGACAUCGCCGAGCGCGUGGAGAUGGGCCAGAUGGCGUCCAUGUUCUUCAACAAAGUGGGUGUCAACAUGUUCUACAUCUGCAUCAUCGUGUACCUGUACGGCGACCUGGCCAUCUACGCCGCAGCCGUGCCCAUUUCCCUCAUGGAGGUGGCCUGCGGGAACCAUUCAUGCAGUGCAGGAGCUGUGAAGUACAAUGACACCGACCCAUGCUGGGGCUCGGUGACCAGGAAAGAUGCCUACAGAGUCUUUCUGAGCGUCUUCACUCUUCUGUUAGGACCGUUCACUUUCUUCAAUGCGCAGAAAACGAAAUAUCUUCAGAUGCUCACUUCACUCAUGCGCUGGAUUGCGUUCACCAUGAUGAUCAUCCUGGCGCUGUUGCGCAUCGGCGCCGGCGCAGGCGAGGGCCGUCCCCCCGCCGCCUCCCUGGCGGGCGUGCCCAACCUGUUCGGCGUGUGCGUCUACUCCUUCAUGUGCCAGCACUCGCUGCCUUCGCUGGUGACGCCUAUUUCGAACAAGAAGCGCGUGGGCUCGCUGGUGCUGGCCGACUACGUGCUGAUUCUGGCCUUCUACGCGCUGCUCUCCUUCACGGCCAUCUUCUGCUUUGACAGCGGGCUCAUCCACGACAUGUACACCCUAAACUUCACAGACAACUGCCACGUCCUGGAUAUUGCCGUGCUGCGCUACUUCCUGGGCCUCUUCCCCGUCUUCACCAUCAGCACCAACUUCCCCAUCAUCGCCGUCACCUUGCGCAAUAACUGGAAGACCCUCUUCCACCGCGACGGCGGUACCUACCCGUGGGUGGUGGACCGCGUGGUCUUUCCGCUCAUCACGUUGGUGCCGCCUAUCCUGGUGGCCUUCUGCACGCACAACCUGGAGUCCCUGGUGGGCAUUACAGGCGCUUACGCCGGCACGGGCAUCCAGUAUGUGGUGCCCGCCCUGCUGGUCUACCACGCCCGCCGCCACGUUGAGCCUGUGACUGCUCGGCACGCCAUCAACCCACACCGCUCGCCCUUCCGCCACGCCUCCUGGGUGUGGUUUGUGGUGCUAUGGGCCAUCUUCUGCCUCAUGUUCGUCACCGCCAACAUCAUCCUGACCGACACCAAGAAGUGACACGCCCACUGUGUGCCUUUAUUUUUCUUGAUUUGUACUUAACGCCUCCCCAAUGAUACUGUACGUCACUUUUCUAUUGAAGGGAUACCCCCCUGGACUGGUUGCCGGUCAAUCACAGGGCACAGGUAGACAGGUUUGUAUGACUUUGGGAAAAAUAUAAUUGAAAUGCCAACAAAAUCUCGAUCAUGUGUUCACCAAAUGCUAAUUUGUGCUUCUGCACGGACGAAUUGAUGGCUCCCCAGGAACGACAUGAGAUUUUUGUUGUUGUUGUCAUGUUCUUAGAUGGCCACAAAAUGGAAAUUUGUGACAUAAUACACUAAAUCUGAGCAUGCCAUUCAAAUUAGUGGCUGCCAAAUAAGUAUCACGAUACUAUUUUUGUGGCCACAUAUCCCUCACGUAAUUUAUUUUCAUGAAAUAAAUGGUUUGUUUAUCGCCACUAUUCGGCCAGAAAAUACAAUUUGGGGCCAUUCGAUGCAGGUAUACUCUGCACACAAGUUUCUCAUUUGUGGCCAUUAAAUAAUUUUAAAAAACAGCACAAAGGGUUUAGUGUUAUUUAACCGAAGAAAGUUUACAAAAUUGUAGCAUUGAUCUCUACCAAACAUUUCGGUUUCCCAACUUCAUCACAGAAGAAGGGAAGUCACAAUUCUUAUGAGCUGUUGUGUGUGUGUGUGUGUGUGGCGGCAUGUCAAAGACACGCACACACAAAACAUUUACGUUGUGCUUGCUAAAAAUUGCAGCGUUUUAAAUGUUUAUAUCUGACCUUGGGAAUAUGUUUGUUGGCUGAUGAUUGAGUUCAUUUUUAUUGUUCUAAUGAAUAAUCUUUUUUCAUUAGUGUUUGGACUUUAUUUGGACACAGAAGGAAGAGCGAUGACAAUAGGCAAAGAACAGCAGCAGCGGCAAAACACCUACAGUAUAUUGUUUGAGACGGCUAAAAAGGAAACAAAAAAGCAACCGGCAUUGAAAGAGGAAAAAAAAUAGCAGGACCGAGAGAAUACCAAUACAUCUCUAUUUAUAUAGCGCUUUCACAACAGCUGCCGGUGUAACAAAUCGCUUUACAGAACAGUUAACAUAAAACAAAAUAAUAUAACGCAGAGCAUAAAACAUAAUCGUAACCACAAUUCCCGCAUACGUCUUGUUGUUUGAAGCAGUUGAAAAAGGGAGAGAAUCAAAGUCUCCUUUCACCAUGCUCCAAACGUGCAUGACGUCCAAGAUGGCUGCAACAUGCUAAGUUGGAACAUAAAAGCAAGCUCAAAACCAAUCAACCAUUGGUGCUACUCCGUGUAAGAACUGACACGGAGAUGGGGAAAAAAAAGCAAGAACGUGACAUCAUUGAUGGUGCUUAUGACUCAUAUCUGUCAGACGAGCGUACAGAAAAGUUGAAAACAAUUUGGAAGGCUCGUUAGCAUAGCAUUUCAUGUUGUUAGCAUUCACGUCCAUGAAGAUUUGAUGCUUCUUGUAAAUGUCUAUGCUUGGCCUUUAGUGCGCGCGCUAACGCUACGCUGGUAAAGGCUAAGCCAAAUCACCGACCUUUACCAGUAUAGCGCGAGGCGCCGCUCAUUAGCGUGUCACCUGUGUCGCCCGUCAUGGCUAAAAGGUCGCGUUCACCUUGGCGCUGCGAAACGAUAACGAGACGUUGCCGCCAUCACCGCUAACAAGUAUGGCGCCGCCGCCGCAACUCGUUUAAUGGCUAUCGGCAAACGAAAAGACAAAAAUGAACAUUUUCAGCCUGCCAUGCUAACGGUCAAUUAUUUAACUUCAGUACUUGUUUCUGUGGACAUUUGACCUGAACUCCUGGACAAAUGCUGUACGAACAGUUUUUACUUUGCAGCUUUGCGAUUUUACUUGAGUCUCCUGGCUCUCAUCAUGAAAUGUAAAAUCUGACUUAUUUUCUGGCCGUAAUGUUUCGAUGCUCCCAGUCAUCAUUUACGUUCAGCAGGUUGCGAUCGACUCGUCUUCGGCGGUUCAUUUGUUUCCACCUUGCCUCUCACCAACUGACCAAUCGUUUUAUCAGCGAGACGAAGUUGCGCGUCAUCUUGCCGCGCUCCGCUCGCGACUGAUCGUCCGUCAGCUCUCGACGGCGUGACAAUCUCACCGAUCACGGCGCUUCACACUCGUCUGACAACUCGUCACCAACUCGUGUGCAUGAGCCACCUCCACAUUUUUUGUCGCUAGUGCCUUUUUUUUGUCAGCGAAUCUCGAAUUUUGAAUCAACGGACCAACAGACAAACGAAUGAACGGAAAAAAAACAGACCAAUAGAGCAAGACAACCCAACAAACAAACGCACAAAUGGACAAACAUACCAAAUGAAUGGACAAAUAGACAGACGAAAAGUAACUAAUGAACUGACUAACAAACUAAUGGAUGGAUGGACUGACAUGAACGAACUACCGUUCGGGAGAAUGGACCAAAUACUGAACUAAUGUAUAAAUAAACAAACGAAUGAACAAACAAAGAAGCAGUGUAGCAUUUUUGACGCUCUUUUUUUUAAAUGAUACGAUGGCCAUAAACUGUCCUCUACCAAAAUAUCAUAAACUUUCUCACUAAAUUGUGGAUGAUGAAGCAGCAGGUGACGCUGUAAGCAAAUCAACAAGUUUAGUUGCCCUUAGCUCGGUUGUCGUGGUGAUCCCCGCAAACGCCGCGAAAUUAUGAGACGUUCGGCCUCUCGGGUCUCAUCAAUGUCACGGUGUACCAAAGCAAAAAUGAGAAAGACAACAACAAAAACAACAAUGUGCUUUGCCGUUCCAAAUAAAGUGUCCACUGAUCGCAGCUUUUCUAUUUUGAAGAUGUCUCACUCUGGCCGAUGCUUGAAGAUGACGCGGGUGACACCUCUGUGAUUUUUUUAUUUUAUUUUUUUGGGCAUCUGUUCACAUUCACGUGUUUGUUCACCUUGAGCGGCCUUGAGGCAGAUUGUAGCGCGUGUGGGAUCCACGCCAAGGUGGCAGUGGCCAUGACUGUUUGUUACUCACUGUCAUGCUGUCACAUUGCAACGGGGAUUGAUGGCCAGUGAGACUUACACACACACACAUGCACACACACGCACACGUACGCAGACACGCAUCCAGGUGAAAUCUUUGGAGAGUCCACGUUUGGAGCCUCCGCCAAGGUUCAACGUGCAGGUGGCGCAUCAAUUAGCGCAUUCGUGUUAGUGAAUCACACGCCACCUGUGGAUUGUUUUCGCAGGCAAACUGAAACAUUUGAAUGACUUUAUGACCUCUGUCAACACGCACAAAAAAAAAAUCACAAAGGCGGGUGAUUUGUUAGUGUAUUUGUUGUUUAAUUCGUUGAGUGAUUUGCUUGUCUUCUCCACACACAACAUUACAGUACAUGAUGUAUUAAGGGACAAUUGUCGAAAAAAAAGAUUGCAAUCAAUAACUAAGAAUAAACAUGACAAUUUAUUGAUUUCA